AUGGUGAUCCUGAAACUUUACAAGAAAGGGGGAGUAACACAAGGAUGCUGUGAUGCCACAAAGCGGAAAAUAGCCUCAUUGAUUGGGAAUGGAUUGUCAAGGCUUCUUACAGAAGUCUGUUUCUACAUCAGCAUAGAUGAUGAAGAUUUAGAACAAGAAGACAUGGGGAAGUUAAAAUGGAUACUGGGCACUCCAUUUGAGGAGGGACAUAUUUCCAAUCACUCCUUUCUGAUCUCAAGUGUCCCUGAGGCAAUGGAAGGUCAUGUCAUUAUAGAGAUAGGACCACGGUUAAAUUUUACAACUCCAUUUUCUACAAAUGCUGUGUCCAUGUGUAAAGCAGCGGGACUGAAACAUAUACUACGUAUAGAGAGGUCAGUCCGCUAUAUGAUCAUUCUGAAGCCCGAAUUCUCUUUGACAAGUGAGAUGGAGGAGAGGAUUGUCACUAACCUUCAUGAUCGAAUGACCCAGUGUCGCUAUUUACGUCCCAUUGAUAGCUUUGAUCAGGAAUUAGUUACUGAGGAUGUUUAUGAAGUGGAAGUGAUGGAGAAUGGACGCUUAGCCCUGGAAAUGGCCAACACAGAGUUAGGAUUGGCUUUUGAUGACUGGGAUAUGGACUACUAUACCAAGUUGUUCCAGGAGACUGUCAAACGUAACCCAACCAAUGUAGAAUGCUUCGAUUUGGCACAGUCAAACAGUGAACACAGUCGUCACUGGUUUUUUCGAGGGAGGAUGAAGGUGGAUGGAAAAGAGCACCAGGAAUCGUUAUUUGACAUGAUUAAGGGGACACAAAAAACAUCUAAUGAUAACAAUGUCAUCAAGUUUUCUGAUAACAGCAGUGGUAUCAAGGGGUUUGAUGUGGAGGUAUUACAGCCCAGUGACCCAACCAAGCCGAGUCCCAUGGUACACUCAAAAGAGAAAAAACGACAUAUUAUCUUCACUGCAGAGACUCACAACUUUCCAACAGGUGUGGCUCCCUUCCCAGGGGCCACUACAGGUACAGGGGGGAGAAUCAGGGAUGUUCAGGCUGCGGGUCGAGGGGCUCACGUUGUGGCAGGCACCGCAGGUUAUAGCUUUGGCAACCUUCACAUACCAGGUUAUGACCUGCCAUGGGAGGAUAAGACUUAUAUCUACCCUAGUAACUUCGCUCGUCCAGUUGAAAUCGCUGUGGAGGGCAGUAAUGGAGCUUCAGACUACGGCAACAAAUUUGGAGAGCCUGUUCUCACAGGGUUUGCUCGGUCGUUUGGUCUGACCACACCAGACGGUGAGAGGAGAGAAUAUGUUAAACCUAUCAUGUUUAGUGGCGGUAUUGGACAAUUAGAUGCUAACUGCAUCACUAAAAAGUUACCGGAAGAAGGUAUGAGAGUAGCUAAGAUAGGGGGCCCAGUGUACCGUAUUGGAGUAGGCGGGGGAGCUGCAUCCUCUGUCCUCGUACAGGGAGAUAACAAGGCAGAGCUCGAUUUCGGAGCUGUGCAAAGAGGAGACCCUGAAAUGGAGCAGAAACUCAAUCGUCUGAUUCGUGCUUGUCUGGAGAUGGGGGACAAGAAUCCUAUAGCUAGUAUACAUGACCAGGGGGCAGGAGGCAAUGGUAAUGUGCUGAAGGAGAUAGCAGAGCCGGCUGGGGCUCUGAUCAGAGCAUCAGAGUUUACUUUAGGAGACCCCACUCUCACCAACAUGGAGUUAUGGGGGGCAGAGUACCAGGAAAGUAAUGCUAUUCUCCUCCACAAGUCUGACCGUGAUGUCCUAGAAACCAUUGGUAAUAGAGAAAGAUGUCCUGUUGACGUAGUGGGCAAGAUCACUGGGGAUGGAAAAAUUAGGUUUGAAGGAUUUGACUACUCUGAAGGAGAUGGAAGCCCUGCUAAAAAAAGAAGGAAGCUUCAUAAAUAUCCUGUUGAUCUCCACCUUGAACAUGUGCUUGGCUCCAUGCCAAGAAAGGAGUUUACCCUUGACCACAAGGAAAUGCCACUGAAACCCCUGGUUCUACCUGAGGGGCUACAGGUAAAGGAUGCCCUAAUGAGGGUUCUACGCCUGCCAUCAGUAGCCAGCAAGAGGUAUCUUACUAAUAAGGUGGACCGAUGUGUGACUGGUCUUGUAGCCCAGCAGCAGUGUGUGGGUCCACUUCAUACACCUUUAGCUGAUGUAGCAGUGACUGCAAUCACUCACAAUGACUUAUAUGGGUCAGCCACAGCCAUAGGAGAACAGCCAGUGAAAGGGCUGGUCAGUCCGGCUGCUGGGGCACGCAUGUCUGUGGGAGAGGCCAUGACAAAUCUAGUGUUUGCCUUGGUAACUCAUAGAAAGGAUAUCAAAGUCAGUGGUAACUGGAUGUGGCCAGCCAAACUUCCUGGGGAAGGAGCAGCUCUUUUUGAUGCUUGCUGUGCUAUGUGUGAUGUAAUGAGUGGACUUGGUGUAGCAGUCGAUGGGGGAAAGGACUCGCUGAGUAUGGCUGCCCGUGUCGAGGGUGAAACUGUGAAGGCUCCGGGUACACUGGUUAUUUCUAUGUAUUGUGGAUGUCCAGAUAUCACAGCCACAGUCACACCAGAUCUCAAAUGUCCGCAAGGCGAAGGUACCCUGUUGUUUGUGGACAUCAGUGGAGGAAAACAUCGACUGGGAGGGUCAGCCCUUGCUCAAUGUUACCAGCAGAUUGGAGAGUUGACACCCGAUUUGGAACAGCCACAAGUCCUGUGUCAGGCGUUUGAUGUAACACAAAAACUAAUUAAAGAUCGAAAAAUUAUCAGUGGACAUGAUGUCAGUGAUGGUGGACUGGUCACCUGUAUCCUAGAAAUGGCAUUUGCUGGCAACUGUGGUCUGGAUUGUGAUAUACCAGUAUCUGAUUUAGGAGUAUCAGAUAUAGAUGUUCUGUUUGCGGAGGAACUUGGCCUGGUUUUAGAAGUACAGGAGAAAUAUCAACAUGAAAUUCUGGAAGAGUAUUCAGCUUGCAACGUACCCUGCUAUUUGAUUGGUCAUUCAGUUAGCAGAAAAAAGGAGACACCAAAAGUAAAUACAGUCCGCCUGAGUAUCAAUGGUAGCCCAGUAUUGGUGGAUGACAUGCCUCUCCUGCGUAAUGUCUGGGAGGAGACAAGUUUCCAGCUAGAGCGUCGACAAACAUCUACCAUGUGUGUAGACCAGGAACAGAAAGUGCUGUCUGAGAGAGAAGGUCCUCAGUAUCAUGUACCAUUUGAGUGUGAUAUAGUGUCAUUCUCACCAAAAGGUAGCAACACAAUAAAUACCCCAUUGAGAGUGGCUGUGCUGAGAGAGGAGGGCAGCAAUAGUGACCGUGAGAUGGCAGUUGUUCUCAAAAUGGCUGGCUUUCAUGAAGUUUGGGACAUCAACAUGCAGGAUUUAUGUUCUGAGGCUAUCACCCUUGACCAGUUCCAGGGCCUUGUUUUUGUCGGGGGAUUUAGUUAUGCUGAUGUUUGCGGAUCUGCUAAAGGCUGGGCAGCUACAGCCUUGUUCAACAAGUCUGUACAAAAACAGUUUGCUAAGUUCAAAGAAAGACAGGACACCUUCAGUCUGGGUGUAUGUAAUGGCUGCCAGCUAAUGGCUCUGCUAGGCUGGGUUGCCCCGGACGAGGACCAGAAAGAAAACAGCAACAGUGGUGUUGGACAGGGGGUGUUGCUGGAUCACAACUUGUCCAAUAGGUUUGAGUGUCGGUUCUCCACAGUUAAGGUCUACGACAGUCCAUCCAUCAUGACUAAGGGUAUGGAGGGCACUACAUUUGGCAUGUGGAGUGCUCAUGGAGAAGGACGAAUGGUAUUCAAAGAUCGUAGAAUCUAUGAAGAUCUUGUGAGCAAGCAGCUGAUCCCAGUUCGCUAUGUUGAUGAUUCCGGAGAGCCAACUACAGUGUACCCAAUGAACCCGAACGGUACUGAGGAUGGUGUAGGGGCUCUGUGUUCAGAGGAUGGGCGCCAUUUGGCCAUCAUGCCCCAUCCUGAACGUUGCUUUCUACCAUGGCAGUGUCCGUGGAUGCCAACUGAAAUGAGAACCGACAUGGAUUUGACACCUUGGUAUAAAAUGUUCAUAAAUGCAUUUGACUGGUGUAUAGACAAUGUUUCACGUAACAGUUGAUACAUGUAACUGCAUGAACCCAAAGCUUUUACUGACAAUGCAAUAUUAUCUACUUCAGGGAAUUGACUACUGAGGUUUGGGUUCACAUUGUAUAUGUUAUAAUGAAAUUAGUUGAUAAUUGUAUGAUUGAAUGAAAUCAUAAUCA